CAUACCUGACAGCUGACUACAUAGCAGAUCUUGUCACUGGGACAGUUGCGUUUCGUAGAGAUUGAACCCGUUUCCUUGAGAGGAUGAUGUGAUACGGUGGUCAUGUACGCUGGGCUGAUUUGCGUGCAGCAUGUUUUUGCAGGCAUUUUGCAGCUGAAUAGUGCAGUUGAGACUUCGAAGAACUCGAGAUGCUUCGCCCUUGUAUCAUCUUCUCCUUGCUGCUAAGCGGAAGGGCCUGCUCGUGGGAGUGGGCCGGAGUCUACCACGCCCAUGAAGCAGGCAUGCUGACAUGGACCUUUGAGAAGAAGCAAACUGCCAAUCAGUAUGCCGAUCCUUCUAUGAAAGUGGCCCUCCGAAGUACAAGCUCUGCCAGCGCUGCUGGCAUCACAGCUGUGCAAACCGCAGCGGAAGCUGAUCUCAAUGGCACUUUGACCACCGUGUCCAGUGGAGCAGUUCUGAGCUUGAACGCAGCCUACCAGCUCCAGUUUGAUGCAGAUUCUUGGAUCAGCAUUUUCAAGUUUCCUGUGGCAGCUGAAAGCAAUAUCGCGGUCUUUGCAGAGCACUUUCCUUCUGAGUUCAGUGACCAACUGUCUACCGUAAUCCGCAACGACCAUGCUGAAGAUCUGUCUCCUAGCCACACAAUGGCAUGUGACGAUCAUGAAGAGAGCACUUCCACAGACAGGAUUGGAGAGGUCAUUGCUGCAUCCCUGGUGACUGCGCUUCCAACUCUGUGCGGCGUAGCUUUGCUGGCCAUGUCCUGUUCAAGUGGCAGCCCAACGUUCAAAACGAUACUUCACUUUACCAACUCCCUUGCCGCUGGCAUUCUCCUGGCAGCCGCCUUGUUCCUCCUCAUGCCAGAGGCCAGUCACAUGCUUGCAGCUGGUAGAACUGAAGCUGAAGCUGCUGCAGCAUGGGGCAGCACCUGCAUCGCUGGUUGGCUACUAGGAGCGAUUUCUCACCUUGCUGGAGCGGUGGUGAAGAAGAAGUGUGGAGGGGACAGCGGAAGUGAGAACGAUACGAAGGCUGAGAACGAUACGGUUACGAAGGCAGUUGCCAUAGGCGAUGAGAGAGAGAUGCCUCCAGCGAAAAGGAUGAUGUGGGUACUUGGGUUUCCCAUUUUUACUGGAGACUUCUUCUGCAACCUCGCAGAUGGCUUCGUUCUUGGGACGGCUUUCAAAGCGUGCAGCCCCAGCUUUGCAUGGAAGAUGGCCGGCAUUAUAAUUGCUCAUGAGCUUCCGCAAGAAAUUGCGGAUAUCUACACCUUGGUCUUCAAAGCUGGAAUGAAGUGGUGGCAGGCUACCCUCCUCAACUUUCUUUGUGGUUGUGCAGCGGUCCUAGGUGCAAUCGUUGCAUACUACGCAGACAUUCCCUCAGAGGCUGAGGGCGCAGUUCUGGCGCUGGCUGGCGGGGUUUUCCUCUAUGUGGCCCUCACUGAGCUGGCACCUUCGGUGAACCACACUCCGGAGUCAUCUUGGCCUUUGCUCACUGCAUGUGCGACAAUCACGAUUUUCAUUGUGGGGGCUGCUUCUAUCGGAUUGAUUCUUCUUGACCAUGAACAUUGCUCCGCGGGCGGACAUGGACAUGGCGACAGCCAUGGGGACGCACACGGAGACUGAACUGAUAGUUGACUUCUUGCCAAGGGGCAGUCAUCAUUGACUUUUGCCAAGGGGCGGUCGUGAUACUUUUUCCCCCUGCGCCUGCGGGCAUUUUGUCCGACUUGCAGCUGCAAUGCCCAGCUGCAAGCGCUUGCCAUGAGAGUAUGGGUCAAAAUUAUUGA